CCUCGCAUGCAAAUCCAUGGCGAUCAUGACAGUGCCAUUAGAGUGAGUGAGUGAGUGAGGUGAAACCAAUUUCGAGAGAAAAAUGAUGAUGAUGAUGAUGAUCGGAGAUCAUCACACCUCUAAUCCUACCGUCCAAAUCCCACCAUGGGAUUACCAUUACCUGGAAGAUCCAACCGCCCACAUUCCCUCCACCCACGCUAACAGCCCUGAUGCUUCCCACCACGAAAAUGCCUUGGCGGCGCUGCAGCGUUAUCUUCCCUCCAACAAGGACGACGUCGUUCCGUCGGAGCACGAUGAUUGCAUCGACGAUUUUGAUGUUCCCGUGGACGCUUUCUCAUGCGAUAAUUUUCGGAUGUUCGAGUUUAAGGUGAAGAAAUGCGCGCUCGCCAGGUCGCACGACUGGACUGAGUGCCCGUUUGCUCAUCCUGGGGAGAAGGCGCGUAGGCGGGACCCACGCAAGUACCACUACUCCGGCAGCGCGUGCCCCGACUUCCGCAGGGGCGCGUGUAAGAGGGGCGACGCCUGCGAGUACGCGCACGGCGUGUUCGAGUGCUGGCUCCACCCGGCUCGCUACCGUACACAGCCGUGCAAGGAUGGGGUCCACUGCCGACGGCGCGUCUGCUUCUUCGCUCACACUCCGGAGCAGCUCCGAGUUCUGCCGUACACUACUAGCCCCGACGCCUCUCCGGGAAGGGUCGUGCAAGACUCGUUUCUUCCCAUGGGUUUGUUCGGCUCUUCUCCGAACUCGACUUUGUACUCCCCUCCACCGUCGUCUCCGACGACUGGAUCGCCACCGGUUUCGCCGACCGGGUCCAUGAGCCUGAACUCGGUGAACAAACUCACGGAAUCCAUGCGCUGUUUGCAGCUUAACAAGAUGAAAAUGGGCCUGGGCUUGAGCGGGAGCCCACCGUCUUGGGCGCUUGGGAUCGGGUCGCCAAGGAGCCCGCCCACUAUCCGACCCGGAUUCAUGAGCCCGCCUUCUACACCAAUUCGUGCACAAGUUGGGCCAGGGCUGAGCGCUUUCGACGCAUGGGGAACUUGUUGCGAAGAGGAGCCUGUGAUGGAGAGAGUAGAGUCCGGAAGAGAGCUGCGGGAAAGAAUUUACGCGAAACUGGGUAAGGAGAACUCACUGGACCGAGUUGGGCGGUUUAACUCUGCGGGUCGGGGUCUUGGGCAACUCACAACCAGUUGAUUUGGGGUGGGGCGAACAUUUUUCUGACUGUGAAUAUGCUUCUGACUAAUCGAAGCUGCUGCUGUGUAGAUAUCGGAUCGGGUAAAUGGGUUGAGUAGGGGGCGGGGGC